AGAGCAGCACAGCACAAAGACUCCAUGGUCGGACGUCUGGGUUCUCCAAAGCACACUUCGAGGCCCUAGGAAGAAAGUUUCCCUUCCAUCUUAAAAGAGGCGUGUUAAGCUUGGUGCUGACUACAUAUCCCAGCAUACACCUCACGCGCCUCUUAGACUCGCACAACAUAACUACCAUACCCACGUGCCUUCUGCGGCUGUGCAAGAACCAGAGUUCCGGAAAAGAGAACUACGGUUUCCGACUCGCAUGAUAACUGCGGCGGCGCUAUUUAAGAAGCGUCAGCAAGGAGUAGUCUGGCCACGCCCCUCUCUUCCAGUUCCGCUGUCUCAGAUAAGCGGCGAGAAGCGGGGCGGAGCCCUAGGCCCGAGCCAAGAUGGCGGCUGCGAAACCAACCCUUACGGACUCGCUCUCGUUUUGCCUCGCGCAGCUCACGGCGGCAGCAGGGGAGGGUCAGGGUGGGGAAAAGGACCCAGCUAGCAACGAGACACCCCUGGGCCGCGCGCUCUUAGCUCUCCGCACGCGCCACAUCAAGGCAGCGGGGGGAAUCGAACGCUUCCGGGCACGCGGCGGGCUCCGCCCCCUUCUCGCGCUGCUACGGCGAGCGGCUGCAGCGGACCCCGCCCCGUCCGAGGCAGGUCCUGGCUCCGCCCCCUCGUCGGUUGCGUCAGCUGCUUCUGGUCCCGCCCCUUCCUCUGACUCCACCCACUCUGUUGGGUCGUCGCCUUCGCCGCCAGUGCGCCUGCGCAAGACGCUGGACUUGGCGCUCAGCAUCCUAGCCAACUGCUGUACGGAAGGGGAGUGCCGGGCUGAAGUGCGCAGACUCGGAGGCAUUCUCCCUUUGGUGACCAUUCUUCAGUGUGUGAAGACAGAUAGCAUCCAGAACCGAACAGCCCGUGCUCUGGGGAACUUAGCCAUGGAACCUGAGAGCUGUGGGGAUAUCCACUCUGCUGGUGCUGUUCCUUUGCUCGUUGAGAGCCUGACAGCUUGCCAGGACUCACAGUGCCUGCAGAGUGUGGUGCGUGCCCUUCGCAACCUGGCAGACUCACCGCAGCACCGCCUGGCCCUGGCACAGCAGGGAGCAGUACGCCCACUGGCUGAGCUCCUGGCUGCUGCCCCAGACCCUGCGCUAACCUCAGCCCUAGUCCGUGCCCUCCUGGAACUCAGCCGAGGCUGUUCCCGAGCYUGUGCUGAGCAGCUAAGUCUGGGUGGGGGACUGGGCCCACUUGUCAGCCUGACUUCUCACCCAAAACGGGCAGUACGUGAAGCAACCAUCCUGAUCCUUGCCAACCUGUGUGCCCAGGGCCUAGUACGGCCUGCACUAGGCAAUGCUGGUGGUGUGGAGGUGUUACUAGGUGAGCUCCGGCGGCGUCGAAGCACCAAUGGAGCCAGCUCGGCUUCCCAGCAACCAUUGGUGCGGGCUGUGUGCCUUCUGUGCCGGGAGGCUAUCAACCGUGCCCGGCUUCGGGAUGCUGGUGGUUUAGAGCUGCUCAUGGGCCUACUGCGGGACCCUCGUGCCAGUGCCUGGCAUCCACGUGUUGUAGCUGCUCUUGUGGGCUUUCUUUAUGAUACUGGGGCCCUGGGCCGGCUACAGGCUCUGGGACUUGUACCUCUCCUGGCUGGGCAGCUGUGUGGAGAGGCUGGUGAUGAGGAAGAGGAGGGAACAGAAGCGGCUUCUUGGGACUUCCCUGAGGAACGGACCCCUGAGCGGCCUGAGGCUGGAAGCUUCCGAAGCCUCAGGUCAUGGCUGAUCUCUGAGGGCUAUGCUGCAGGCCCUGGAGACAUUUCUCCAGACUGGUCUCCUGAGCGUUGUCCAUUGCCAGAGCCAGCAGAGCCAGUCAGUCCCACCCCUGGCCAGACCUCGCUGCAGACACCACGUACACUACGCAUGCAGGGUCGUAGCCCUGCUGCUUCUGCUGCAGAGGAGCCUUGGGGACGUGAGGGGCCGGCACUACUGCUGUUGUCACGCUUCUCCCAAGCUCCUGACCCAAGUGGUGCACUUGUGACUGGUCCGGCACUGUGUGGCUUGCUGGCCUAUGUGACAGGUGCACCAGGCCCACCAAGCCCACGUGCACUACGCAUCCUGGCACGUCUCACCUGCAACCCUGCCUGUCUUGAGGCCUUCGUGCGCAGCUACGGUGCAGCGCUGCUGCGAGCUUGGCUAGUGCUCGGUGUUGCACCAGACGAUUGGCCUGCACCACGUGCCCGGCCUGCACUCCAAAGCCAGCACCGGGAACUGGGUGAGAUGCUGCUUCAGAAYCUGACCGUACAGGCUGAAUCGCCCUUUGGAGUCGGUGCCCUCACUCACCUGCUGCUCUCUGGGAGCUCUGAGGAACGUGUAGCCUGUGCACUGACCCUGCCCUUCAUCUGUCGGAAGCCCUCUCUGUGGCGCCGGCUACUUCUGGACCAGGGUGGCCUCCGUCUCCUCCUCACAGCACUUACUCGGCCAGCUCCACAUCCACUYUUCCUCUUCUUUGCUGCGGACUCCCUUUCCUGUCUCCAAGGCCUGGUGUCUCCCACUGCGAGCCCAGCCUUUCCACCUGCAAUCCCCUUGGAUCUAGAGCCACCCUCCCCUUGCCUCUAUGAACCUAUGCUGGGCCCAGCCCCGGUCCCAGCUCCUGACCUGCACUUCCUCCUGGACUCAGGCCUACAGCUCCCUGCUCAGAGAGCUGCCUCAGCUAUGGCCUCCCCUUUCUUCCGGGCCCUGCUGUCUGGCAGCUUUGCCGAAGCCCAAAUGAACCUGGUGCCACUGCGAGGGCUGUCACCCAGUGCAGCCUGGCCUAUCCUGCAUCACUUGCAUGGUUGCCGGGGCUGUGGGGCUGCCCUGGGACCUGUGCCCCCACCAGGCCAACCCUUGCUGGGCUCAGAGGCAGAGGAGGCCCUGGAGGCUGCUGGCAGAUUCUUGCUGCCUGGGCUGGAGGAGGAGCUGGAAGAGGCUGUGGGCCGCAUCCAUCUGGGUCCUCAGGGUGGCCCACAGUCAGUGGGAGAGGUAUUCCGUCUGGGCCGGCCCCGAUUGGCUGCCCACUGUGCACGCUGGACACUGGGGCCAGGGCAGUGCCCAAGGAAGCGGGCCCUGGCCCUUGUGGGGCUUGUGGAGGCAGCAGGUGAGGAAGCAGGGCUCUUGACUGAGGCUUUACUAGCUGUGGUGAUGGGGAUUGAGUCAAAUGGCUAGGGACCCAGCCUAGACUGUUGAUGUCUCUUGGGAGAGGACCUAAAGAUGAAUUGGCUGUGCAGGAGGCCUCCCUCAGAGUAUCACGAGAGAAGCCUGAGCAGAGUUAUCAUCGAGGACUGAAGAGAGGAUGGACCUGGACCUCAGUAUGGUCUGAAGACCCAGGAGUGAGAAGUCAAGGCCAGGGUCUGGGCAUGGGGCCCAGAGGAAGGAGAAGAGCCCAGGGACCCRGGCAUCUGACUUGGCCCAGCACUAUGGGGUUGAGAUUAAAACUUUGCAAUUGAAUA